CCACGCUCGAUUGCUCCUGUCUGGCGGCGGCAGCAUGGCGGCGGGGGCGGCUGAGGCGGUGGCGGCUGUGGUGGAGGUCGGCUCAGCCCAGCAGUUUGAGGAGCUGCUGCGCCUCAGAGCCAAGUCCCUCCUUGUGGUCCAUUUUUGGGCGCCGUGGGCUCCACAGUGUGCUCAGAUGAACGACGUGAUGGCAGAAUUAGCCAAAGAACAGCCUCAAGUUUCGUUUGUGAAGUUGGAAGCUGAAGCCGUUCCUGAAGUAUCUGAAAAAUAUGAAAUUAGUUCUGUUCCCACCUUUCUGUUUUUCAAGAAUUCUCAGAAAAUUGACCGAUUAGAUGGUGCACAUGCCCCAGAGUUGACCAAAAAAGUUCAGCGCCAUGCAUCUAGCGGCUCCUUCCCACCCAGUGGUAACGAGCAUCCUAAAGAAGAUCUCAACCUUCGCCUGAAGAAAUUAACUCAUGCUGCCCCUUGCAUGUUGUUUAUGAAAGGAACUCCUCAGGAGCCGCGCUGCGGUUUCAGCAAGCAGAUGGUGGAAAUCCUUAACAAACAUAGUAUUCAGUUUGGCAGUUUUGAUGUCUUCUCCGACGCAGAAGUUCGUCAGGGCCUCAAAACCUACUCCAACUGGCCCACCUACCCCCAGCUCUAUGUUUCUGGAGAGCUCAUAGGAGGACUUGACAUAAUUAAGGAGCUUGAAGCAUCUGAUGAACUAGAUACAAUUUGCCCUAAAGCUCCCAAAUUAGAGGAAAGGCUCAAAGUACUGACAAAUAAAGCUUCUGUGAUGCUCUUUAUGAAAGGAAACAAACAGGAAGCAAAAUGUGGAUUCAGCAAACAAAUUCUGGAAAUACUAAAUAAUACUGGUGUUUUGUGAAUGCUUUAACUGAGACCACAAUAGGAUUUUCUGGCCAGUGUCAACCGAUCGGUAACAUAAAGGAGCUUCUUAGAAGGCGAUCAUUAAAAUAACUAUUUGUCUACUUUCCCAGAAGAAAGUCCUUAACUGAGAUGCGUUAAGAUAUUUUAAGGAAAGUGUAUCAGAGGCUUUUAAUUUUCCUUACAAAAAUAUUCUCAUUUCUAAACAGUUUAUGAAAUGGCUAGAGCACAUGUGGAGGUCGUUAUGUGCAUCUGAGAAGUGGGGGAAAUUAAAUGGCUGUGUUCAUGCUUUUGAUCUGCUCAGCGGCGACGCUGCCAGCUAAGAAAACUGCGUUGAUUUUUCUGGUUAAAAACAAAACCACUUGUUUGGAGAUACUUCACCCAUGUUCUGUAGAGUUUAUCAAAUGUUUUGGCUUUUUUUUUUUUUCUUAUUUCUUAUCUCACCAUAGCUUCUUUUUAAUAUUAUAAGUAUCCUAGCUGUAGCUUAAAAAAGAUUAAUGAAACCUAUGCAGUUAUGGGGAAGGUAAUCUUUGAAAUAUUUAGAUAUUUAUGGGCAGGGUUGAAAGUAGUUGAGUAGCACAUGUUAAAUACAACUCUAGGGACAUAAAAAGCAAAAUGAUUGAUUUCAAAAGCAGAUGUGACAUUUUACAGAGGAGAGUCUAUAGAGUCUUCUGUAGUCUGGUCUCCUGCCUGCCCCUUGCUCACCCUGCCCGAGGAUGUUGGGGAGGCCGGCUUGGUUCUGGUCGUCAGCUUUUACGGCCCCCUUUCCCCAUCUUCCCUCUGUCACAGCUCCCUGGCGUGGUACGCUCAGUCUGCCUGUCCCUCGUGACAGUGUGUCCCUCUGCAAGCUUGUGAGGCCAGAACAGCGCAGCAUUGGGCUGUCUCAGCCCAUGUGUUUGGUGGAAGGUCUCCAUAAUGUUGCUUUCUGCCCCCAUCUGUCUAAUGCUGUUUGGAUUUGCAAGUCCCGGUUAUCCCAGAGCAGAGGGGCUUCUUUGGAGAUGGAGCCCUCUCAGCUGCAGACUUGCGCUGAGCAGGACUCUUUAGCUUGAACAGACUGUGAUCUUGCUGAGAGCCAUCAGUCUGUGGAGAAAAAACUGCUGGCUUUGUAUUCCUGCCCCUCCACUUUUACACUUUCCUUCACUGGUCUAGCGACACAUGCCUCGAGGGGCUGUGUGCCAAGUGUCCAUUGAGGUGUGAAUGGCCAACGCAUCUCUUUACAAGAACUGUUCAGAGAUGCAUUGGCCAUCGUGACUACAUGCACACACCUACAUAUACUCAGGCCCAGGACGUCCUAGGUCCCUCAUAGAUGGCUCUGUAACUUAUUAUUUUUAUCACACUGUUCUGAUUAGGAUCUGCUUCCUUUAGCUCACCUUGAAGGGAGACUUCCAUUGGGUCUUUUUUUUUUUUUUAAUAUUUUUUUUUUCUCUUUCAGACAUUGCUUUUUGGUAGUUGGUGAUUUAUCCUGUCAUCUUAUUUUUUUUGACUGUUUUCUGCACCAUGGACAAUUUUCUUGGAAACUUGUUUACUAAGUGAAUAAGAUUUCCCUAUGAAGGUGGUUUUGGUUUUAUGAAAACUGAAAUUUAUUUUUUACAUGUGGCAUUUUCUUUGGCCAGUUUUUGGGACUUUACCUAUUCCACAGUCUCCCUGUGGGAAUCAGUCUGACAUUCAUACUAAGUCCUUGAUCACACCUGAUAGUGACAUCCUUCCGAGUACAUGUGGUGGUUCGGUUUCCAUGCAGUGAUUUUGCAUUCAUUAUACAAAUGGUGUUCAUUAUGCAGCAUGAAGCCACACCACUCUCACUGGUUUAUGCAUAUUGAGAACAGCACGUGUGCUCUGAAAUCAGCUUGUUUUCAUGUGGGGGGGAAGCACAGCUCCGUAAGGUGGCGUUUGUUGGCAGUGUAGUUGUCCUGCUAGCAAGCCUCCGGUCCAGCUGUGGGUGUCCCUGGGUGUCCCUGGGUGUCCCUGGGCCUCAGAGCUGCUCCUUCCUGCUCCCUGAGCAGCUUCUAGUAGGUCAGAGGCAGCAGCCCCAGGGAUGAGGGCUGGAAACGCAGUAUUAAGGACAGACUUAGGUGAACUUUGGAUACAAGUCUAAUCUGCGGGUUGGCACACUGCAGUUGGCCGCCGACUUCUGUAAAUGAAGUUUUAUUGGUGCACAGCCACACCCCCUCAUGUCUGCCUUGUUAGGCUCCUUCUGUGCUGUGCAGCUGGGUAGAGCAUCUGCAGCAGACCGUGGCCUACAGAGCCCACAUGUUGACUGUCUUGCCCUUUGAGACAAAGUGUGAUGACCCCUCUCUAACCCAAUAUUGUCUAGAGAAAAAUCCAGAUAAAUUUGUAUCUUGGGCUGACUUGUUCUGUGGGGUACCUGACAGAUUGAAAAGUAAAGUCAUUUCCAUUUUUCAUCAUAAAUGUCAGUAGCAACAAAACUGUUAACUUUUCUUGACUGUUUUUAAAACACAAAGUAGGUUUUACAAUUUUUUGUUUAAUAAAACUAUUUCCUAUUAAAAUGUUUUCUCC